AUGACGGUGACAUCCCCAGCUGCCCUGCUGUCACUUCUCGAGGAUAUACCGCGACAUCUUGCCAGCCGACAUGGCGCUUGGCUCUUUCUCGUCCCAGCGGUCCUCUGUGCCGCUAUUCUCGGAGUUAUUCGAAAUGUUCAAGCUCGGAGACGGAGAAGGAACUUGCCACUUCCUCCUGGACCCAAAGGCCUGCCAAUCCUUGGAAACCUGCUACAAAUUCCAUUCGAGUACCCGUGGAAGACGUAUGCCGAGUGGAAGAAACAAUAUGGAGAUAUAAUCUACCUGGAAGCGCUCGGACAGAAGAUUUUGGUCCUGAAUUCGCUAGAGACUAUCGAGGCCCUUCUUGUCAAACGCGCGGUAAACUACUCUGACCGUUCCUGGAGUCCCAUUAUCGACUUAAUGCGGUCUGGUUGGAGCUUCUCGGUCAUGAACUAUGGGGCAGAAUGGCGAGACAGGCGAAGACUAUUCCAUCAAUUCUUCCAUGAUCUGGAGGACCAUCGACCAGUCGUUCAAGAGGAGCUCCUUGCGAUGCUGCGCGACCUUAUUGGACGACCGAAGGAAUAUCGUGACGUAGUUCGAAACGCCAUGGGAAUCAUUAUCAUGCGACUCACGUAUGGAGCGGUGGAUAAGGACUAUAACAAGCGCCUAAUCCACGCCGCCGAUACUGCUGUCUUGGGAUUCGUCGAAUAUUCCAACCCUGGGCGUAUGUGGGUCAACAUCAUCCCCUCAAUGCGGUUCAUUCCGUCCUGGUUCCCUGGUGCUUGGUGGAAGAGGGAGUUGUUGAAGCUCGCCAAAUUGACGGACUAUCUUCAUCAACAACCUUUCGCGGAUGCGACGAAGAGAAUGAAAGAAGGAACACAGGGUCCUCAUACCAGCUUUGCCACGAAGCUCAUCCAGGCGCUUCCGGAGGAGGGUGACCCCGAGCGAGCGCGUCAAGAGACGCUGGCUCGCGACUCGGUGGCACAAGCAUACACAGCUGGUGCUGAUACGAUGGCUAGUGCUGCUUAUGGUCUCGCCUUCGCCCUGGCGUCUUAUCCCGAGGUCCAACGGAAAGCCCAAGAAGAACUUGAUCGAGUAGUUGGUCCGCUCAAGCUACCGACGUAUGAAGAUAUAGAUCAGCUUCCUUACCUCCAAGCCAUCGUCCGGGAGAGUCACCGCUGGCAUGUAACUGGUCCUCUCGCCCUCCCGCAUUUGUCCAGGAAUGACGAUUCUCUCAAUGGGUAUUUCAUCCCAGCAAACACACUCGUUCUUCCGAACUCAUGGGCUGUUCUCCAUGAUCCAAAGGUGUAUCCUGAGCCGCACGAAUUCAAGCCAGAGAGGUUCCUAAAGGAUGGCGAGCUGAACCCGGACGUUCAAGAUCCCAGCGUUGCCGCAUUUGGAUAUGGUCGCAGGAUAUGCCCAGGUCGUUUCUUCGGAAAUGACACAUUCACGUUCUUGGCAGCUCAGCUCAUUUCUUGCUUCGACGUGAAGCCUUUCCUCGAUAAGAAUGGAAACCAAAAGCGCCCAAACCUCGAAUCCUCGUCCGCAUUCAUUUCGUAA